AUGUUGUUUUCUUCCAAAUCCUCUAACUCGAUGAUAUUUGAAGAAUCAAAUGCCCCACACUUGAAACCUUGGCUUAUCAGAACCCUCGAACCAAUAUGCGAUGCCGAGCCUGGUGCCUUGGCAGACUACAUACUGGCACUAUUGAAGCAUAAUGUUCCGGAGCCCGAGAUGAAAAAUGACCUGAAAUCGCAGUUGGAUGAAUUUCUUGAAAAAGAAUGCACACCAUUCAUUGAUACGCUUUUUACUGCUCUAAGGACCAAAUCCUACCUUCCAUAUACAGACGAACCUCCUGCAGCGCCUAAAUCCCUCGAUACCGGUAUACCAAUUCCUCUGGAUGCAUUGCUAUCUUCACCUACCUCACCGGAAGGAAGCCGCAAGCGCAGUUUGGAAAAUCCAGACCCUGGUGGCCGACCAUCCUCAAAAGGGCCCAGGAUUGAAGGCCUGCACUCUAGAUAUCCCAAUGGCCGAGGGGGAGGAGGUUCGGAUGCUCGAUCUGCAAGCGCAUAUUCAAAUAGAGGUCGUGGCAAUGGAAUUGGCCCGAUAAAUGCAUACCAACCGCCUGACCAGAAGCGAAUAUGCAGAGAUUAUUACAAUCUCGGAUUCUGCUCUCGCGGCGCCUUGUGCAAAUUUAGUCACGGUGAAGACGCGCUUGUUCCUGACCAGCUUUAUAUCAACGGUGGGAUGCCGUUCAUGCCGAUGCUUGGGAAUGGCUUGGGGAUGGGAAGCGGUCCCGCUGCUGCUUACGACCCGAGAGAGGCCCAAAUGGAUAUGAGACUUAUGGGAAGCAGUCGAAAUAAUCAAGCAAGACCCGCUGUUUUACCUCGCAUGCAACAAGAAGAAGGCGCAAGUCGAGUCGUCCAUAAAUCAACUAUAAGUGGAGAACUGCCUGUCAUUCAGGAUCUCACUCCCGAAGUACCUCAUAACGCUGUCACGCCCAAUCCCGCCACCCAUUCCACCCAUUCUCCAGCAAAUUCGAGCACCAGCCCUAUUCAAAAUCCUCCCCUGCAGUCAUUGCCCAAUCACCCAGAACCUUCAUAUAUGCCCAACGUCCUACCCACACUCAGGAAUUUUCCCCAAGAUGUUGACAUGGAAAUGUCACUUGCUGGGCACAUUCCUAUCGGUAAUUGGCGCGGUGGCCGUGGCGGAGGUAGAGCCAAUGGACGAGGACGCCAACCUGGUGCCUUCAACGGUGACCACGCCACUUUCCAACCUGAAAGACGGAAAGAUAAGACCCUAGUAUUGGAAAAGAUUCCUGAGGACAAGCUCAGUCUGACACAAGUCAACGACUGGUUCAAGCGAUUCGGGACUGUUACCAACGUCGCUAUCGAUCAAGGGCAGCAAAAGGCCCUCAUCAGCUUCUCGACGCAUGAAGAAGCACACGCCGCGUGGAAGUCUGAAGACGCUGUCUUCAAUAAUCGGUUUGUCAAAGUUUUCUGGCAUCGACCUAUGGAGGGACACGGUGACGCAGGUCGUCGAGCAUUAGCAGCUUCGGCGCCUGUAUUAGCGAAGACAUCUGCGAACAAAAUUACGUCGCCAACACCAACAACUGCACCGCCUCGGAAAAGCUCUGUGACAUCCACUGCAGCGGCGCUUGCUGAAAAGCAACAACUGCUGGAUAAGCAGAUAGCUGAACAAAAGUCACUCAUGACUUCUUUAAUAAGUGCUUCCUCAAUAGAGGAAAAGAAGAAAAUUAUGGAUCGUUUCAAACAAUUGGAUGAAGAAAUGAAGGCAUCUUCAGCGAUUCCUUUGCCUUCAAAAGACGAUAAACAGAUAAAGGAACGGGAAAGGCUAGACAAGGAGCUUGAGCUGCAUAGCACUGACGUACAGGUCAAUGCAAAAGCAGACGAUGAGACAACAGAGCAUCUGAAAGCCAAACUCGAACGCUUAAAGGCGGAGGCUGCAAGCCUCGGUAUAUCUGACGAUCCACAUUCAACUCAUCCUGGGCCAUCCUAUCGAGGCUACAGAGGCCGCGGUCGGGGAACUCGAGGAUCGUAUUUCCGAGGCGGCCCUCGUGGAGGCCCACCACGGACCAAUAUGACCCUUGACAAUCGUCCUAAAAGACUUCUUGUCAAGGGUGUCAGCAGCGAGAAUGAGCAGGCUUUGCGGGACUGGUAUGAGACUACAGGCCAAAUGGAAUCCGUCACCCAAACUGAAACCGGAGACAUGGUCGUAUCCUUCCGGACGCGAACUGCCGCGGAACAGGGUCUUGCAAAAGGAACCAGCAUUCCUAUGGUUGGCUCGGUCAAGGUGGCAUGGCUCACUGGUCAGCCAACAUCCUCUCCUAUCGGGUCAGUGUCUACGGAUAGCCGAGCUGUGGAGACAUCGUUACAAGAGGCUUCAAAAGUUGACUUGGAGGAACUGGAACCAGACUCUCUCGUUGAAGAGGCUGAAGACGUCGUCGUCAGCGGUUGGGGUCGUGAAGACGAUGGGAUGGGAAUGUAG